AUGUCACUCUUUCGACGCGGCGGGAGGGGCGUGCAAUAUCUCGACAUCCCGAUUCCCUCGCUUCAUGUCAUGACUGCAUCCAAGGCUAAACUCGCUGUCAACAUCUUCACCUCGCCCGUCGCCGUCCACCGGACUUCGGGCGUCGGACGCACAGAUACGGCGCCGCCAUGCCAGAAAAAGGGUGCCCUGGCGAUGACGAAAUGCACCCCGGGCAAUGAUAGACGCAGGGUCCAAUUUAGUGUCCGCCUUCCUGAUGAAAGAGGCAUCCCGAAGGAGACGGCCGUUGCAGCAGGAAAUACCACAAAUACUCACUACGCCCAGCUUACUGCCAUUCUCGCCGUGCUCUCACUGGCCUUAGUUGUAUCUAAGACUCUGCUACCAAGACUUCGCCUUAUAGAUGACAUGCUUAAUCGCGCCCAAGUCAGACGUGUUGUGCAGAAGACAGAGCCCGGCCCCGAUGGGAUGGUGGCACGGAUGACUCGGGUUGAAGACCCGAAUUCUCCCACAAGCCUUCCGAGACUACCCAGUGUACAUGUCAAAUCCCUGACUUGA